GCGAGCCGGGGCGCGGGCGGCGGGCGCGGGGCGCGUGUGCGCAGGCGCGCGCGGGGGCCGGGCCGCCGCUCGGGAAUCUCGGCGAGCGCCAGUCUGCGCCGCAGCCCGAGCCGUCGUCAUGGCCGCCUACAAGCUCGUGUUGAUCCGGCACGGCGAGAGCGCCUGGAACCUGGAGAACCGUUUCAGCGGCUGGUACGACGCGGACCUGAGCCCGGCGGGCCACGAGGAGGCCAAGCGCGGCGGGCAGGCGCUGCGAGAUGCUGGCUAUGAGUUUGACAUCUGCUUCACCUCCGUGCAGAAGAGAGCUAUCCGGACUCUCUGGACAGUGCUGGACGCCAUUGACCAGAUGUGGCUGCCAGUGGUGAGGACCUGGCGCCUCAACGAGCGGCACUACGGAGGGCUGACCGGCCUCAACAAGGCGGAAACUGCUGCUAAGCACGGCGAGGCCCAGGUGAAGAUCUGGAGGCGCUCCUUCGAUGUCCCUCCACCUCCCAUGGAGCCUGACCACCCCUUCUACAGCACCAUCAGCAAGGACCGCAGGUAUGCUGACCUCACUGAAGAUCAGCUGCCCUCCUGCGAGAGCCUGAAGGACACUAUUGCCAGAGCAUUGCCCUUCUGGAAUGAAGAAAUCGUUCCUCAAAUCAAGGAGGGAAAGCGGGUACUGAUCGCAGCGCACGGCAACAGCCUGCGGGGCAUCGUCAAGCAUCUGGAGGGUCUCUCUGAGGAGGCUAUCAUGGAGCUGAACCUGCCAACUGGUAUUCCCAUCGUCUACGAGUUGGACAAGAACCUGAAGCCCAUCAAGCCCAUGCAGUUCCUGGGGGAUGAAGAGACCGUGCGUAAAGCCAUGGAGGCUGUGGCCGCUCAGGGCAAGGUCAAGAAGUGAAGGCGAGCAGGCGCACCAGUUCCCGCGACACCUCCCUGUCCUCCUUCCAUUUCUGUCCCUCUCCCUUGCACAUUCGCACUGACCACAUCUCUGGGCAUCGUCGGUAGUAGCUGCAGUUGGGGGUCAGUGGCUCCCAAUUCAUCUUCCCCAUCUUGUCUCUUGCACCCACUCCCUUCAUACAGUCAAGUCAGAAUGGCUCCUCUGGGGCCUGGGUCGUCAGGCCAAGCCAAGGAAUGACUGAGCCAAGAGUAGUAACUCGGGGCUUUGCUAGUGCUUUAUUACUAAGGAAGAGUUGGAGUCAGAGGAAGAAUGGUACUGAGGCCUGACUGUGUUGCGUGUGGGAGAGGGGUUUCUAGUCAUUCCACUGGAAGGUGAAUGUCAUCUGCAUGGUGAGUCAAAUAAACCUUUCCUCCCUGACCCCAGAGGACUAGGAUCAAUCCUGAAUGUUUUGUGUUGCAUUUACUUUCACAAAAAGAUCAGUAUAGGCAUAUACAUAAUACAAAACAAAAACCCUUCUGGUUUUUCUAGUGGCAGUUGAAAUAGUCACACAUUUGGUCAUCAAAAGAUAAGCCAUUCCUCACUGGCAUGAGAGGCCCCUUGACCUUUCUUACAGGGCUGUUCCUGCCGGGUUUAGUCCCCCUGCCUCCCUGUUCUGUGUCAGUGAAAUGCCUCUUGACCAUGUCCAAGCGUGUCUUUUCAGUCUCAUAUCUGAAUCAUGUUCCAGUUGCUUGGUACUCAUUUGAGCAUAACUGUACUAAAUCUUUUCCAGAUCAGUAUAAUAAAGGAGUGAUGUGCAAUA